GGGUUCUCGUUUCUUAUACCAACUUUCGUGCACGCGAUGGCAAAAUAAUCUAAAAGCAACAGGAUGUGUUGCGGGCCUCGGUGCACGAACAGAGCGGUAACGGAUGAGAUUAGCCUUCGUUCGUUUCCGCUGGACGUGCGACUAAAGAAGGAGAGGUGAAGGAUGAGAUAAACCUUCAGUCGUUUCCGCUGGAUGCGCGACUCAAGACGGAGCGGGAGGUGAAGCUCCGUAUAGGCAAGCCUGUGACGCUUCCAAUGAAGGUUUGCAGUGCACAUUUUGUCACCGAAGACUUCUUCUGGAGCAGCAUUGAUCCCAAAUUGUGGACAACUAAUCGAAGACGACUGAAGAAGACUGCUGUGCCUUUGCAGAGCUUGCCCAUAAGAACACAUGAAAAAGAAGACCUGGCAAGGAUUCAGGAAGCAGCAGCGCGAGAUGCCCGUGCCUCUGUUAGACAUGAGCAUGGUACAAGAGCAGGGCCAGGAAACAGCAUCACAUCCAUGUGCUAGUGGUGCAACUGCUACAGCUGUAUCAACAGUGGAGGUUGCAGAAGCCCUUCUUCAGCUUUCGCAGUGCAUGAAGGAUGUACCAGACAUCAUGUGCACACAAGACAAAGGCAUCCAGGUCGAUAUAGACUCCAUUAUAGGGAAGCAGUUCAGGCUUGUAGAUAUGCUGACAUCAGAUAAUACUGUGCUUGCUUUUACUAGUGUGUCAUCAAUGACUUUGCUUGUAGUCAUUAGUAUAGAAGUGAGCAGGAUUGAAGACGCAGUAGCUGAAAUGUCUACUCUUGAACGAGUCAUUCUCGUUCUUGUGCAAUUGAAAACUUGCUUACCCUUUGUGUGUAUGGCACCACUAUUUUCUGUGAGCCGCACAACCAUCUCUCGCCACUUCUACAGCACACUGUGUAACCUUGCAGCGGUACUGAAAUGUACAAUUUCAUGGCCAAACAAACAAGAAAUUGCAAGCAAUCUGCCUCAAUGCUUUGAAGAAUAUAAAGAGGUACGUGUUGUGCUAGACUGCACAGAUGUUGCAGUAGAAAAAUCGCACUGUGCUUCUUGUAGAAUUUUAACAUACUCUCUUUACAAAGGUACACACACAGCAAAGCUUCUUGUUGGCGUCUCACCUGCUGGCUUAAUUACUUUUGUGAGAUGCGGUUUCGGAGGCCGAACGUCAGACAGGACUUGUGUAGAGAAAUCGGGAGUUCUAGAAAAACUCGACAGUUUUGAAGAUGAUGUCGUGGUUGACAGAGGUUUCAACUUGGGCUCACUAUGCGAAAACCUUGGGCUGGGGGUUGUGCAGCCUCCGUUUCUUUGUGGACAGCUGCAGUUCACGGCGAAAGACUCAGAAAAAAAAACUCUAAAAAUAGCCUGGGCACGUUUGCACGUUUGGCGUGCAAUCCAGAGGAUGAAAGUUCUUAAAGUUCUGAAGGAACCUGUACCUUGGGAAGUUGUCGGUGCCCUUGAUGAAAUAUUUAUUGUGAUUGGUGGAAUUGUAAAUCUCUCCUCCCCUAUUUUCUCUGAGCAAAGGUUCGAGUGAUAUUAUAGAACUUGUGUUUGCAAUGAAAUGUAGUAGAACUUAUUAUGCAGGUAGUCAGAAACUGAGGUCAAUGAAGAAGCUAAAGAAGCUGAGCACCACAACAUGAGGGAUAACACACCAUUGUGCUAUGUAAAGACUAUUGAGUUAACGGACCGACACACAGGGUCCCUUGGGCAAUCACCUAAGAAGACUUGAAAAUGAAAGCCAUCUUCUUUUUCGUCUAUGUCGAUGCACAGUUGUACCCCCCCCCCCCAGGACACGUGCGUUUGUGAAGAGAGUUAUUUUAACUGCAUUUCUGAGCUGAGGAAGUUAUUUUCAAUGUACUCCUAAGCAUAUGCAUAGCUGUGUGGUAGAACACCUGCUAGCCACGCAAAUGGCCUGAGCUCAAUCCUCACUCGGACCCGGAAAUUCAUUACUUAUUUUAUUCGCAUAUGUCUCAAUUUUUCAAUCAUGGACAAGGUGAUUGUUCACUCGCAACCAAUGAUCCCGACGCCGGAAUUUCUGUGAAACGAGUUCUUUAAUGCUACCACGUUAUUAUUCCCAAACCCAUUGAUGCUUCCAACUGCUCACACAAUGGCUGUGUAUAGAGCACAUGACGAGUGACAUUACACAUAUCUUAAGGGCAGAGGGUAGGCCCAUAUCUCCCAUGUAUUCUAAGGCUUUAGUAGCAUGCAUUUUUUCUUUACUGCGUGUAAAGUGUUUGGGUUUGUUUCAUUUUGUGCAUUAGCAUGUUCUUGCAGUGGAACUAAAUGAUAAUAAUCUAUCCACUGUUGAUAUUUUUCGCAUUUGUUUAGUGAAGCAUGUACAUUUCGUCAUUACCUCAUUAUAGUUCGGUAGCUUCGUAUUGAUGUUUGGUUUAUUUGAGGAAGAAUUGAUCUUCUGUCUUAAAUAGGAAGUAUUUCUUAGCGAACUGCACGCUAUCUGUCUCGCCGCCUAAGCCUGGAUGCUAUGCUUCAUGAUCGCCUCCUUGAAUUGGGGUAGACCAAAAUUAGUAUGGAAGGAUAAGAGGGUUUUAAGAAUAUAUGUGGCUGAUCAUGAUAUGAAUUACGGGACAAUCAUGUCAAGUACAUCGUCUAAACCUUUCUUCAAGACAUGUGUGGCCCAUACCUGUUAUCAUGGGUCACGGUAGACAGGUAAUGCGAGAAAGGUGAUUGACAUUUUUAUCUACCUAGGAAUGGCGAGAACAAACAUUGGUGAUUCUUGGGGGCAUUCAAACAUUCUACCAUAGUACCUCACCAGGUCUCGAAACAGUUUUGGAAAAAGGCCCUGUGUAGCCAUAAUGCCAGUGCAGUGUCAAUUGUGGUGCUUGCUACUUAAUUAUAUAAACCUAAAUAUUACCCAUGUACUCUAAUGAUGCAGGCGUCAUGUCGAGUUAACGUCAUUUGGAGUUCAGGGCCAUCCUCCAAAGUUAAUUUAGGUUGCACUAGCCAGGAGUACUGUCCUCGCAAGCAUAAGGGAUAUAUAUCAGUUAACCAUUUCUGAUGUUGGUAACAUUCACGUUGCCGUUGGAAAUGUUACGGAACUCUUAGCAACAGGUUAUAUAAAACACAUGUGACUGUGUGUGCGUACAACAUUUGUGCAUAUCUUUAGCAUCAUUUUGUAAUGUUUUACUGAAUGAAUCAAUUAAAACAUAGUCACUUCCCUUCCGCAUGUUUCGUAUAGCAUAAGAUUCUCAUGGUAUGUCGGAUCUGCCAAAUUUGUUUAGGUUGCUCUGAUAAUUGGUCAAAGGUAACAAAAAAAUAGCUUGGACAUACAGAGAGCUGAAGUGAAAAAAAAAGUUCAUUUCUUCAUUUCAUCUGCCAUGAAAUCAUGACAUGAAUCAUCUCCCUUUCUUUGUUCCUGGUUUGCCUUGCUGUAACUUCCGGCUUUAUUGGUCGAAUACUGAUAAUGGCGGUCAAUUGCACCAAAUCAUAUCGCAGCAUUACGCCCAAACGGCCUUGAUAGUGUUUAGUGCGGCCAUGCAGGCCUUCUAAAGUCAGAACAGUUUCAAAGAUGGCAGUUUUGGGGGCUUUUCAUUUAAAUAAAGAUGAUACAUUGUGUUCUC